AUGUCCCCGGGACACAGCGACCCUCCGACUCCGUUCUUCGACUUCACUCCACCGUUGCCUAACAUAGGGCCCCUCGACGACGGGCAUCUGUUGUUGUCACUAUCACCCCCCAAACCAUCUGCCAUUGACUUCGACGUCAACGCGUUCAUUCUCGAAGACAUAGACAUGUGGUCAUGCAGCCAGAACUCUUCCUCGCACGACCCUUCCAUGUACGCGUACAACUCCCUCGGGCUCCAGUCACAGACUGGCUCACCCGAAUCAACAACAUCCACGGGGACGUCGACCGUCGGGCUCUCUCCGUUCGCGCACAAACCGUCCUUGAUGGAACCGCAGCCUAUGAGGCCGUACCUGGCUGAGAAUAGUAGCAACUCGGCACCUCACCACCAACAAGUUUCAUCACGUCCAGCCUCCACACGGCCCUUCGACGGGAUCUCGGCCAGCUUCGCCUUCUCCAGCGUGCGAUCCACUGCGACGACGCCACAGGGCGGGAGCUACUAUCUCGACGUGCCAGGAUCAUCGAUGGCGCUGCCGCCACACCGGCGAGGUGUCUCCCUUGACGGCGUUGGCCCUGGCGGGCGCGUCCCAGCGGUCGCCGAGUCGCGAUCGGCUUCCGCUGCCAGCCGACGAACCCCGCCGUACAUAUCCCGUCAACGGGCACCGUCCCAGGUCAUGCCCCGCAUCUCGAAGGCCCACCGUGACGUCCCCCAUCAUCGGGAAGUCGUGGCCACCCCCGCUGUCGCGCUCGCCAGCCAAUCGCGACGGAAGCGGCAAGCGAUUUUCAAGUGCAGCAUCUGUCCCUCGGAAUUCACGAAGAAGAUCAACCUCGAAGGUCAUGAGAGGUCGCACCGUGGUGACAAGCCAUUCAAAUGUGUCUAUCAUCCAUGUGAGAAGGGCUUCGCUCGCGAAUCAGACCUCAAGCGCCACAUGAAGAUACACGAAAGGAACGCCGCAGAAGCCGGGGGCCUGACAUACGUGGCAUGA